AUGGCUUUGAAUUCUCCUGAUCACGGAAUCAUGGAUACUGGAGCCACUUCCCAUUCGGCCAACGAACAAGGGGAAUUUGCUAUGAAAGAUUUGGGUCCUCUUUCUUAUUUUUUGGGCAUACAGGUUACACGCAACGGUAACAAUAUGUUUCUAUCUCAACAGGCGUAUGUGCGAGACAUUAUUCAUCGUGCCUCCAUGGACUCAUGCAAACCUGUCGCCACUCCUGUUGACACUCAGGCAAAGUUGUCUGUUGACUCUAGCCCGUUACAUGAUGACCCCACUACUUAUCGCAGUUUGGCAGGAGCUCUACAGUACCUAACAUUUACUCGUCCCGAUAUCUGGUAUGCCGUUCAGCAGAUUUGCAUGCAUAUGCAUUCUCCACGGGCUGAUCAUUGGAGUGCAUUAAAACGCAUUAUACGGUAUAUUCAAGGCACCUCCGACUACGGUCUUCAUCUUGGGCCGACACCGAAGAUCUCCCUGGUUUCUUAUACUGAUACAGAUUGGGCGGGACGCCCCGACACUCGCUGCACCACCUCUGGUUACUGUGUCUAUUUGGGUGACAAUCUCAUCUCCUGGUCUUCUAAACGCCAAGCCACUAUCUCCCGCUCCAGCGCAGAGGCUGAAUAUAGAGGUGUUGCUAACGUUGUCGCGGAAAUUUGCUGGCUUCGCAAUCUUCUCCUUGAGCUCAACCACCCAGUCUCCCGUGCAACUCUGGUUUACUGUGACAAUGUGAGUGCCGUCUAUCUCUCGGGCAACCCUGUACAACAUCAGCGAACAAAGCGUAUCGAGCUUGACAUUCACUUUGUUCGAGAACAGGUUCAGCGGGGUCAUGUUCGCGUUCUUCAUGUUCCUUCUCGUCAUCAAAUUGCGGAUAUUUUCACCAAAGGGCUACCUAGAGUUUUAUUCGAUGACUUCAGAUCCAGUCUCAGCAUUCGGCCACCCUACGCUUCGACUGCGGGGGUGUAUUAG